UAAUUGCCUCAUUCUUUUAUCUCAUCUUCUUCCAUGUCCCCCUCAAUCUCUCGCUCAUACUUGUUAUUCUUGCUGUAAUUGUUCCUGCUUCUGCGUCUUUUAGCUCCUCUAAGCAGGCGCCGCGAUGAGUCAACUUGGGCUAAUGUUGCGGGAAUCGCUUCAGAGAGACCGAGAGGAAAGAACGAUUCUGGGUUUGUUAACGGAGCAGAUGGAAUCUGCGAACGGGGAUGAUCAUAGUGAUAGAGAGCCUCGAAGGAGACGGAGUUUAAAAGAACGGCUAAGAUUCACCGGUAUGGGGUGUUGUGGGGCCACCUGGGGUUUUCGUCCGGCCUCCGUUAGACGCGAAGGAGAGGAGGAGGAGGAAGAAGAAGACGACGACGAACGGCGGCAGCAGCGGCAAAGGCUUCAAGAACAGAAUCCUGGUCAAAGAUCGAGCUCAUCAGACCCGGAUUGUUUGAGCCCCAACCCAGCGGGUUCGGGCAUGAAUCUUGCGGCUGCAUUGGCGGCGGAGCGUCAAUUUCGGGGGACGCAAGAACCAGAAACUGGGAGGCAAGGAACCACCGGAGACAAUUUCCGGCCGGAAGGAGUGGGUGCUGCGCCGGGGACGCCGUGGAGGGUGUCGCUGAUGAGGCUGCUAGAGGAGGGUGAGGGAGGCGACGUGGACAUGACGGUGACGGUGACGGAGAACGGAGGAACGGGGAAUGAUACGGUGUGCUGCGUGUGCAUGGGAAGGAAGAAAGGAGCGGCAUUUAUCCCAUGUGGGCAUACUUUUUGCAGAGUGUGCUCCAGAGAGCUGUGGCUCAACCGAGGGACCUGUCCCCUCUGUAACCGUUCGAUCCUCGAGAUUCUCGACAUCUUCUGAAAUUCCUCACCAUCUAUUUUCCUUUCUUUUCCUUCUGGGAUUCCGUGAGGACUCCAUUUUCCAUCGCUUGAUGGGAAAUUUGUUCUUCUUGUUUUUCCGCCACCAACUCGAUACCUCACACUGUAAUACGACCACAUAGUAUGAAUUUUGUUGUGACGA